CUCCUGGGCAUGUGACUGCUGGAGUGAAGAUGGCAGCUCUGUCUGAACCCUUAGGUCUGGAGAGAGAUGUAUCCCGUGCAAUUGAGCUGCUGGAGAGACUGCAACGCAGUGGAGAAGUUCCAUCACAGAAACUACAAGCCCUGCAACGUGUUCUGCAGAGCAAGUUCUGUUCUGCCAUACGAGAGGUGUAUGAGCAGUUAUAUGAUACCCUAGAUAUCACAGGUAAUGCUGAAAUACGGGCACAUGCCACUGCCAAGGCGACUGUUGCUGCAUUUGCUGCCAGUGAAGGUCAUGCUCACCCAAGAGUUGUGGAACUUCCAAAAACAGAUGAAGGCCUAGGAUUUAAUAUCAUGGGAGGCAAAGAACAAAACUCCCCUAUUUACAUUUCACGUAUUAUUCCUGGUGGUGUGGCAGAUCGCCAUGGAGGACUGAAACGUGGGGAUCAGCUUCUAUCUGUCAAUGGAGUGAGUGUGGAGGGAGAGCAGCAUGAGAAGGCGGUGGAGCUUCUGAAGGCAGCACAGGGAACAGUCAAGCUGGUUGUACGCUAUACACCAAAAGUGCUGGAGGAAAUGGAGGCCAGGUUCGAAAAAAUGAGGACGGCUCGACGUCGGCAGCAGCACAAUAGCUACACGUCUCUUGAGUCUCGAGGGUAAUCGUCCAUUCUUAUAUACAUUCCAGAGCAUUCCAGAGCUAUGGAACCUCCACUAUGUAUUUACUGACACAACUCAUCUCUCACCCGUGUACAGUAUUUAUUCCAGUUGUGUUUGUAUGAGAGAGUCCCAAAGGCACGUGAUGGUGUGCAGAGGAUGUUGUGAGGAGCCUGGGGAGAAAACAGAACGGACAGUUCAGAUGAUAGCUACCAUGUUUUAAGGACCUUUGUAUUUUUGUGUUUUUUUCUAAUGAGUAAAGGCAAGCCUGUAUCUGAAGACUAAUCAAUAUUGCCAUUGCAACCCUGUGGUAAACAUAUGGUUAUUGAUGGAGACAGGGAGCAUUAUCAUCUAAGAGUAAGGGCUGUAUUACACCAACAGAUUAUCUGACCAAUUUCUGUCCAAUCAGACCAGUAGUUGGUGUGUAUGGCAAAAGAUCUGUGUAUGUAAUCGGCCAUCUGACCAAUGAUUGGUCAGAAAAUUGAACUGGGGCUCACAUUAUGAACAAUAUUUGAUCCAUGGUUACCAUAGCCACUUCUCUCCCAGUUAUCGGAUACUGGGAACCCCUUUUGAUAUUGCCAGGCAGGGUGGAAGGAUUGAAAAAAAGACUCUUUAACCAGUGGUCCGGUUCAAGCACCAAGCUCCGUUCUCCACCACUUCUGGCCUCCACUAGACUCGAAGCGUGACACACCAUCUAUACACAAGCCAACACUCCUGGCCAAUCAAUAACUUUAGCGGUGAUGUUGUCAGACACAGCUCUUGACCACUGGCACUGCUGAGGUAAUUAAUUGGCCUGCAGUGGUGACAUGUGUGGAUGGCACAUCAUACUCCGUGCCUAAGGGGAACUGGAAGCACAGAAGAAGGGAAUUUGGCAUAGGAACCAGAACGCCAGUAAGAGGACAGUCUUUCUGUUAUCACUUCAGCGUACCUGACCAUAUUAUAAGGUGUUUCCUGUCUCAGAGAAUCCCUUCAAAAUACAGUUAAAAGGGUUUUCUGUAUAUUUUAAUGUGAUUACUGCAGGGACAAAAAAACACUGUCACUUGGUCCCCUACGCUGGGCUGCAAUGGUGAUGUUGUGCAUAGCGCUGCUAGGAUUGGUGACUGCUAGGAUUGCUUGCAAGGGAGGAAGGGGGGCAAUUGCCCUUUGGGGAACUCUUGCAGAUGAGGGAUAGCAUUGAGUGAUGUCACAGCUAUGUUUUCUGGGCUUAUGGCAGCUUGAUCUUGGUGAUAGGUCUCGUUAAAAUGUUUAAUUGUAUAAAUCAGAUGUUGCACUUGAAUACACAAAACUCUUCAAUAUACAGUACCAAGCAGCCCAUAAUUGUGCUUCCCUGCUUACCUGAGGAUGUUUAAGAACAUCCUCAGUUUCCAAAUCAGUCUAUUGUAAACCAGUAAAUAGAAAACUGAGAGGAGGGGGGUUGUUGUGUUUGUAUGAGACUGUUUGCUGUGAGAGGGGAGGAAGAGCAGCAGGGGAGACAUAUGAUUGGCCAGAACAUACCACACAGCUCUUAAAUGACAACCCACUCACAAAGCAUGGAUGUACAUGAGCCAGCAGAUUCUUUAUAACAAAUUCUGAAUAGUUGAGGUAUAGCUUGAUGCUCCAGAGCCCAAAUAUGAAAUCUGUAGUAGGGCCCCAUCUACCAUAUGCCGUUUAUAAUACUGGUAUCUUCUUAUUUGACAGAGGAACCCUUAGGCCCCCUCAGGCUCCAGGAUCUGGAUGUGACCUCUACGUCCUCCCCCUCACCAUAACGAAAUAGGAAAGCUUAGUGCUCUGUUACAGCCUAGGACUCCAUUCAGAAUAUCCUUGGUGUUAUCUGAUGAAUGAGUGGAAAUUGUAGCAUAUUUCUAU